AGUCGUGGAGCACUCACAGAAGUGCGUGCCCACGGCUAGUAAUUUAAGAGGGAUAAUCGGAUAAAUGGUAUAAUCAUACCCACGGACGGAAGCAUUGCAGUGUUGCAGGUUUGAACUUCGAAUCCUUACCCGCGACAGCACAUUCAAAGAAGCACUUCCAAAAUUCCUCCAAAAUCUGAAAAGCCCUAAACCACCGGCGAGAGAGUAUACUUUCGGCCCUCAGAUCUAGAACAUGGCCGCGAUCGAGUCUCAAUCCGUAGACUCCCAAACGCCGGAAGAUCGGAUGGAUGAGGACGAGCUCGAAGAGCUGGAGAAGCUGGAGGCUCAGGUUACUCAGAUGGCCCAGCAGAUCCUGCACUACAGAGAGACUCUGCCGGAUCAGCUCAAGGACAUCUUCGCUUCCACACUCAUUGCGCAGAGGCCCCUUCUGCCCCUUGUCGAAUAUGAGUCGGAACCAGGCCCCUCUGGUGACCCAAACCAAGGUGCUGUUAGAGAUGCCAAUUCAAAUAAACGGGUACUAGCCAAAGACAAUCGAGAGACCAGUGAGAAAAUGCAGUUGCUUAAAGAUAAGGUUUCUAGCAACGUCUCAGCCAUGCCCAUUGUUUUGAAGAGAAUGGAGGAUUGUAUCUCUAGGAUUGAUGAACUUGAUUCAUACAAUGUAAUCUUGCAUCCAGCAUUUACAAGGAAAUGGACUAGUACCUGAUUGCUUCUGUUUUCCCAUUUUUAUUUUCAUUAAUUGUUAUGCUGUUUGUUUGAAGUCUGGGUUACUGUAGCAGCCAUAAUUGACUCCUUGAAUUUGUACGAAGGUAUGCCUACUUCCUGCUUUUGAAUGGAAAGAAUUGCUUGCUGAUGGAGUUGUUUUUGUAUCUCAAUAAAGAUACCUGAAGGCCUUCGUUGUACUGUAGUUACUUAGGGUGGUGCAUUUGAAGUAUCAUGGAAUACAUUGCCGGCAUUAAUAUUCCAAAGCUGCAAAUGUGGUUAUGAGAAUGAUUUUAUGCCAUUGGCAUUC